GUGCCACUGCAAAUCCAACCGCCCAUUUCCUAUAGAUUCCAUAUACUCACACUUUCACUUUCUCUCUUUCAAAAAAAAAAAAAAAAACACAAAACAAAACAAAACAAAAAACAACGAACAGACGAAAAAGAAAAGAAAGAACUUUGCAGAGUCUAGUAGAAGAAGAACUAUCUAUCUGUCUGUAACUCAGGUCCAAUAUUUGAUUUUUAGAAGUAAGAAGAAAUGGCAAGUGAGCUUGUUAAUUUGGCAACAAGUGAGAAACUGACAGAAAUGGAUUGGAUUAAAAACAUUGAAAUCUGUGAACUAGUUGCUCAUGACCAAGGGGAGGCUAGAGAUGUUAUAAAGGUCAUUACACGACGAUUGGGAGAUAAGAACUCAAAUGUUCAGCUUUAUACUGUAAUGUUGUUGGAAGUGUUGAUUAAUAACUGUGGAGAACAUAUACACAGGCACGUCCUUGAUAUGGGAAUUCUUCCUAUACUGGUGAAGAUAGUGAAGAAAAAGAAGGAUCUGCCUGUACGUGAAAACAUAUGUCGUCUUCUCCAUGCCACACAAGCAUCACUUGGUGGAGCUUUAGGAAAGUUCCCUCAGUAUUAUGCUGCAUAUUCUGAGUUGGUGAAUGCGGGUAUACAGUUUCCUCAAAGACCUACCAUCUCCCCUGUGGAUCCUACUCCAGUGGCACCCAACGGUAGCUUAUCGCAAGUGAAACCUCUGUCUCCUAACCGUAAAGGGGUCGUCGCUCAACAAUCAGGUUCACAGAACUCAUCCGAAUCUAGUAUAAUCCAAAAGGCUGGUGCUGCUCUGGACGUUCUGAGAGAUGUGCUAGAUGCUAUUGAUACUCGGCGUCCUGAGGGGGCAAAUGAUGAGUUCACACUGGAUCUUGUGGAGCAGUGUUCAUUUCAAAAGCAGCGAGUAAUGCAUCUUGUGCUAACCUGUAGGAAUGAGAAUGUGGUUUCUCAAGCAAUUGAACUGAACGACCAGCUCGAGAAAGUACUUGUCAAACACGAUACACUUCUUGCAGUUCGUGCUGCAUCUAUUUCCAAUCCCUUUGUCUGUGAAGAAAUGGAGGAGGAAGAUCAAGAGGAACAGGCGUACCAACUUGUUCGUAGAAUGCGGAAAGGAAAAGCUUGUGUGAGACCUGAAGAAGGCCACCACAAGGAAAAAGCAUCUGCGAGUUUGUUAGGAAAAAUUGAACAUGAACGUUUGCUUCAUCGCCCUCUUAUAAGACCGACAACAAGUUCAGAGCAAAAGGAAUCUGUAAGUGAACCCCCUCUCCCCCCUCCAGCUGCUGCCACAAUAAUUCCUCUCCCCCCUCCAGCUGCUGCCACAAUAAUUCCUCCCCCACCAGCCAAACGAGUUGAAAGGGAGAGAUUUUUUCAGGAGAAACAGGUGGUAGAUGGCACAGAAUUGGAGGAUCAUGUAGCUAGCAUCUCACUGCAAGGCAAGAACUCGACCAAUUAAAUCGUUAUUUUCUAUAACUAUGAGUUGAUAAUUUUACUCUUUUCUAUUACUAUGAUGAUUUUACUCUGUAGAAAUUCUUUGCUCGUAUAUAUACAGUUGUUUACUCUGUAACCCACAUGGCUGUUAAUACAAGGGUCUAAGUCUUGUGGUGCGUUCUUGUUGAUCUUUAAGCGCCACUGGGAACUUCUUUUGCAUACAAUUGUCUCAACUUUUAAUUUUAUUAUUUGUUAUUGUCUCAAUUA